GAGAGGACUUUAUGAGGGUUUGCACCACAACUUGCUGUAGUCGAUUCUGAACUUUCGGAUCUGAUCGUGCUUGAGGACCCUGUCGCAGCUUUUAUUUUCUCCUCAAUUUCAACACGCGUGGAUCCAAGUCAACUUAAUAUGAAAAAAUGUCGAUAAAUGAAGUGUACGUUUUCCGACCGUUCAAGUUGAUUGCUUUACUUUGUAUAUUUCUGGCAUUGUGUCUGGACAUCGUAGCGUUAUUGAGCCCCGCCUGGGUAACGGCAGAGCGUUUUUCUUUGUCGCUAUGGGAAUCAUGCACUGAAACAGAGGCUGGCUGGAGAUGCCUUUCCACUCUCACAUCUGACUGGCAGAUCGCCACUCUGGUGCUGCUGCUGGCCGGUGCUGCGGUGACUCUGGUGACCUUCUUGGUGGCCCUCAUCUCCCUGUGCCGGGGGACACGCAUACGUCACUACCGCAUGGUGGCUGUGUUCCUGUUCACUGCAGUGGUCCUUCAGGCCUGUGCACUGGUCCUCUACCCAAUCAAGUUCAUUGAUGGAACUGUCCUCCAGACCUACCAUGAGUUCAACUGGGGCUACGGACUGGGCUGGGGAGGCACCAUCUUCAUGCUAGGGGGAGGCAUCCUCUUCUGCCUCCCGACGGACAUGUAUGAGGACGCUAUGUACUGAGUCCUCUCUCUCCUACUCUCUAUAUCUCUCUCUUGUUCUUUCUGUCACACACAAACAAAUAUUGACAUUCACUCUCUUGUGCGACAACACACCCACACAAACACAUCCUUCCUCUGCCCACGUAGACAAGCUUCGACACCUACAUACAGUACAUCUCUGUUAUUUAUAGACAGUGUGUGAGGCCUCCUGGCUCUGGCUGAUCAGCAGGAGAGAUGAAGUCUGAGGAGCAGCUGUGUGGAGAGAAUGUCUGCCUGUCCCCAGUGGGGUGCCAGAGACCCUCACCACGGUCAGACAGACAGACAGCCAUGAUGUUAAAUCACAGAAAUGGUUUUGGACAGACGGGCCACUCGACCUAUGAACUUUUCUAUAGCGCAUCCCAUUCGUAGAGCAACAAGGAAGUAGAUUCUCUGAGCUCUACCCUCUGGGCUGAGGUGUUUAUAUAAGGGAUUGUUACAGUAUAUGGGCCAUCCCACCAAAUCGAUGCCUUUUGAAAAAAAUUACUUUGGAUUUCACAUUUUAACAUUCUGUCAUAAAGAGCAAAUGUUCAACUUAAUAAACGUUUUCCCAUCUCAAAAUAAAUAAAAAAGACAAUAGAAAGUGCCUAUUACAUGCCGAAUAAAGUAACAGAGUUGACAAUUUAAUCUUAAAUCAGCCAUGAAUUCUGUUUUGACUUGGGGAAUGGAAGCUUGUUGUUUGCAACAGGGAGUGGCAAUUGAAUGCAAGCUUCACCAAAAAUGUUUAAUUGUUUUAACAUUUCUAGUAUGUCUAUCUAUGGGUAACAGGGUUGACGUGUUGUGCUCGACCCCCUCACUUUCCACGACAGACACCAGAAAAAGUCCAAUAGGAGUAGAGCCAGCUCACCUGCUUUUACACUAUGAUUUGACUAUGAAAUGUUUCUUUAAAAAAACUAAGGCAUAGUUUCACCAUAUUAAAAUGAGAGUUAAGAUAAUGUAACAGGGAUGACCUUAAAAUGAGGGGCAGAGGUAAAUGAUUCACUAAUCACAUUAAAUCAAUUAUUUUGUCAAAGCAACUUCAUAACUAGGGCUUUACAAUGACGGUGAAAACGUACAGAAUUGUAGGGUUAAGUGGGGUAAAAUAUUACAAGUCACAGAGGUGCAUGGAGGGACAUGUCAAAAUACACAAUUUGGGCUCUUUAGCUAGGCUUUAUUCAUAUUGAAAAAUGUAUCCAUGUGGUCUAUAUUCAGUUAAUAUAAAAGUCUUUUAAAAUGUAAUAUCGGUGGACAAUGUUUACUUAAAAUAGCAAAUGGAUGCAAAAGGCACUCUUUUAGUGGCACGACCCAUAUAUUCCUUCUUUUCUUUUGUGUAUUUUUUUGUGAUGACGACAUAAUAUUGUUAAUGUAUUUAUGGUAUCACUUAUCUUGCUAUCUAUUCUCCCACAGGAAGAUAUACAUUUUAUGUAUUGCUGUUUAAUAAUUGCAGUUUCUGAACACUGAGAACUUAAAAUGGGUGAAUCCCAAAACAUGCCUGGUUUUCUAACUCCUCCUGACAUUUGUAGUGUAAAAUAAACAGUACUGAUAUAUAUGCAAUAAU